GGAAGUCGAUAACGAGGGGGUAGGGAGGGGUAUCCCAGGGAUUUCACGUUUCGUGUUCGAAUCUCGACGAAUGAUUUUUGUUCGUUUGGCAACGCGAAGGUCCGAUUUGGAAGAUGUACAGCUCCACGGUGACCGAGUACGAGGAGAAGAAGAACGACGAUCGGCACGUAGAAGAGAUCGUGGAAUCGUUUAAGCUGUCGAAAGGACGAGCCUUGACCGAGACACCGAUAAUAUGGGAAAAUGUGAUUGGUAUGGCAGCCCUUCAUGCCCUGGCCAUUUACGGUUUCGUACAGGGUUAUCGAGAUGCCAAGUUCUGGACGUGGAUGUGGCACAUCGGCAUCGACUUAUUCAUUGGCUACGGAAUAACAGCAGGGGCUCAUCGAUUGUGGGCGCACAGAUGUUACUCGGCCAAGCUUCCCCUGCGACUCAUCCUAGCGUUUGCCUUUUGCAUGUCUGCCCAGAAACGUCCCUACAGCUGGAUAAGAGACCAUAGAACCCACCACAAGUACACGGAGACGCCAGCGGACCCGCACAACGCGAACCGUGGAUUUUUCUUCUCUCACAUCGGUUGGCUGUUGGUUAAACGACACCCCGCCGUGAAAGAAUACGGCAGUAAAGUCGACAUGAGCGAUAUCCGCGCGGAUCCUGUAUUGGAAUUCUGUGACAAGUACUUCGAGAUCAUCAUGGUGACCUCCGCCGUCGUUCUGCCAGUAGUGGUGCCGGUUUACGGAUGGGGUGAAACGUGGUUCAUAAGCAUAUUCGCUAAUAUACUUCGGUACAUCGUUGCCCUGCACCUCACUUUUCUGGUGAACAGUUUCGCUCACAUGUGGGGAAAUCGACCGUACAACAGGGAACUCAGGCCUACGGAGAACGCGAUCGUGUCUUUCUUCGCUCUGGGCGAAGGCUGGCACAAUUACCAUCACGCUUUCCCGUGGGAUUACAAGGCUGCGGAAUUGGGAGCAUACGGUCUGAAUACCACCACCGGUUUUAUAGACCUAAUGGCGCGCUUAGGUUUGGCCUACGAUCUCAAAACACCGGAGAAAGAGCUGGUCGAUCGAGUCAGUCUGAAGAAAGGGGAUGGCACCGACAGCUAUUGGGGCCAUUCAAGACAUCGAAACGUAACCCCUACGGCUCCUGUCGAUUAACGAUUCGACCAAUUCGUGGAGUACCUCUUGUUGUUAUUGUUCUUAUUGAUUAUUUUAUAGCGGUAUACUUUAGGCAGCGAUACUUUCACAUUUAUGCGAUAGAUAAGUUU